ACUCCGACCCUAUGUAAACCAUGAUUUAAUCAGGUUGGAUGUCAGUUUACAUUGGGAUAGUUUGUGUGAAUCAUUUAUUUGUACUAGAAACUUAAAUCAUUAUCCACUUUAAGGCGCCGGUGACUUUUCUUAGGUGUCCAUAUAGUUGCCUGCGAUAUUUCAGCCAGUCCGUCUUCUUGAAUCGUCAAUGCUGUGUCGUGUCCUUAUUGUAGCCUACAGUUGAAUACAGCGGGAGUUUUCGCAUACGUUCGUGUUGCCUACAGGAUUGUUUGCUUAGUGAGCGUCGUUAGCUCGUGCACGGAACACAUCUUAUUCCACAGCCCUCGUAGCUUCAUUUUUAACUUCAUCCUUGAAAUGGAGUGUCGUGUGUUAUCUAUUCAGAGUCAUGUUGUCAGGGGAUACGUCGGGAAUAAAUCGGCAACAUUUCCAUUGCAGGUGCUUGGGUUCGAAGUGGACUCCAUCAACUCAGUGCAAUUCUCCAAUCACACAGGUUACGCUCACUGGAAAGGGCAAGUGCUGACGGCAGAGGAGCUUAACGUUCUCUAUGAGGGUAUCAAACUCAACAACGUCAACCAUUAUGACUACAUCCUCACGGGGUACACCAGGGACACCUCUUUCUUAGAGACAGUGGUGGACAUUGUUCAAGAGCUGAAGAGGUUGAAUCCCAAACUGGUAUAUGUGUGUGAUCCAGUGAUGGGAGACCAAGGCUCUAUGUAUGUCCCUGAGAAUAUACUGCCUGUUUACAAAGACAAAGUCGUAGCAGUGGCUGAUAUCCUCACACCCAACCAGUUUGAGGCUGAGCUGCUGACGGGGAGGACGAUCAGCACAGAAAAAGACGCUCUUGACGUGAUGGAGCUGCUCCAUCAGAUGGGUCCUGAUACGGUGGUCCUCACCAGCACAGACCUGACCUCUCCUCAUGGGGACCAGUUCCUGGUGGCCCUUGGGAGCCAGAAAAUGGUUAGGACAGAUGGGAGCAAGUCCACCCAGAAGAUUCGUAUUGAGAUGCCCAAGGUGGAUGCAGUGUUUGUGGGCACGGGGGACCUGUUCACUGCCAUGCUCCUUGCCUGGAGCCACCACCACCCCAAUGACCUGAAGGCUGCCUGUGAGAAGACUGUCUCAGUCCUGCACCAUGUUAUCAAGAGGACCAUCACCUAUGCCAACGAGAUGGCCGGCCCUGGUAAGAGACCCAACCCUGCUCAGUUGGAGUUGAGGAUGGUCCAGAGCAAAAAAGACAUUGAGGACCCGGACAUCGUAGUGGAGGCCACCAUCUUAUAACACCUAACGCCUCAUAAAUAGACAUAUAGGACUUUUACAUCAUGAGGUGUCAUCUUGCCUUAUAGGAUCUUGUAGAGAGCACUGUUUUCAUGAUAGACAUCACACUAUUUGGCCUGCACACCACACACACACUUACUUAGUCACUGCCGUGUGUCUUUACUAUGACCCGAGCAUUGUCACCCAUUUUAAAACAUAGAUGGUCUUAGAGCAGGGUUGUUUAACUUUUCUCAGCUUGAGAUCCAGUUGAGAAAUUGACCGUCCUUCCGUGACCCAAUUAAUCCUCUAACGACCCAAAUUAAGAAUAGUGUGUGAUUUUUAUAGAUGUAUUCUCAUAACCCACAACCCACCUCUCACAUUACCCAGGGCCUACUUUGGGUCCCGAUCCAUAGUUUCAGAAACCCUAUCUUAAGAGGAACACACACAGGUUGUGGAUAUUACCAUACAUCAGAAUAGUGAAGUGACUGUAUGGAUUGGCCCUCAAUACGGCAUAGGUAUUUUCAUGGGCCCUGAAUUUCCCCUGACAAUGUGAGCUGACCAGGAAAAUCUCUGCGCUUCGGUUAUGGGUUGGUGAUACAUCAUAGGCUUUUAUCAGAUCCAGUGACGCAUUAUAUUUGUGCUACCAUGAAGCAUGUUAUGCAGUACUAAUCCACGUUUGAUCAUCAGAUUUUCAAUUGUCCAUUUUUUAAAAUAUUUUAGGCAGAAAGUAUAAUAUUUCAUAGAUUGACAAUUGUACGUUUUUGUUUUCAUACUUUUUAAUGAUGUGAAUGAUACAUACAUGUAUUGGACUAUUAAUGUACUUUGUCCUAAUAAUAAUGCUUGUCAUUCUUAAAUGUCUUACACAUUUCUAACUGAGGUAACAAUAUUUGCACAGAUAAUCAUGAUAAACAUGUUUGUUAUUAAUGUUAAUCAUUGAAUGCUUUUCAUGGUCUUGAUUGUCUUACUAUUUUCAUAUCGUUACUAGAACACAGGCCUGUGUUGGUAUGAAAAAGUAACAUUUGGCCUUAGUGGAGUCGUUUAGAGGAAUACCGUUGUCGAAUGUUUUCUAUCUAUGCCUGCAAAGGUAAUGAAAUAAAUAUUUAUUAUACAAUGUUACAAAGAUAAGUGCCAAAGCUGAAGCUCUGAUAAAUGAUGAGGAAUAAUAAAAUAUUUUAAUUAAACCCACCGGUCUCUGUAGUUGGGCCUCUAUGCCUCAUGUUCCUGUUGCUAUGUGUCCCUUGAGUGGGAUUACAGUGAGAUCAGUAGUGUUCUGUUCUACAGUCCUAUUAGAGAGUGUGAAUAGGAGCAGGCUUUAGCUUCGUUUUGCACUAUUAAUUGAUGCCACAGGUAUUGGUGCCUGGAAAUGAAUGAUUUAUGCCACCAGUGAGUCUCUAUUUUCUAUAUUAUUUUGUUUGUGCUUAUACUAAUGGAAAUGACGAUGCCACAAAAGGUGAAUGUUGGAGAUUAAAUAAAUUGGAGGAAUAUUACAGAGAA